AACGCGCACAUACACCGCCGGUCCCCCUAGCGAAGCGUCGAAGAGGCGGGCGGCGCUUGUCGGGCUCUCGCAGCGCUGGGUCCUCCUUCCCUGCGUGUCUUCACACCGUUCCUGCGGCCAUGGCACCUCGGCGGAGCGGGCCGAUGUGAGCGCACCGCGCAGGGGACAGCGGAGCACUGCAAUGCACGGCAGAUGAGCGGUGAUGGCGAUGCCCCGAAAAGAUUUGUAACUUAUAAAGAAAAGGACUCGCAUCUAUACAGUCUGUACUAAACACACGGUACUUUAGAUUAAGAGGGAUCGUACUUUUCUUGUUCUGUUUUAAAACACCACUGAAAUCAAGAAUGGGCAGCGGGAAAACACGCUUUUAUUUGGGAUGUUGGGGACUGUCUUUAGUCCUGUGCUUGAUCCCAUUGUGUGCACACGGGAUCUUGCUUGAGGCCAACGUCACUGAGACGGGAAGCCAGGCAAACUCGUCCCGGGCCGCACGCAGGCCCCGUGGCUGGGAGGAGGCCGGUAGCGGGAUGAUGGGGGACAACGUGCUGGGCCCCGACGGCAGCCCCAACGUGGCAGAAGACGACCACCUGAUGUCAGCGGCGAUCACCGAGAUGCCGCCGUCUCACACCCCGACUGGCAUCCCGCCCGAGAGGGACGAAGAGCCCAUGCUGGACCUGGAUGACAGCCGUACCCCGCAGCAGUCUGGCCCCCUGCCCGUGCAGCCCCACCCGGUGGUCUUCACCGUGAGCUACACGGACCCCGAGCUGCAACAGAGAGAGCUCCAUCCCUCAGCCGCAAAGCCUACCACUCACGAACUACGGGGAGUAGAACCCAAGUCCUGGCUGACUAACAUUUACGGCUACUUGGAUAACUACUCCACCACCAAGCCCUACGGCGAAGACGACUCUGUGUCCACCACCGACAUGAUGGACGAAAACCUCCUGCACUCCACUCCGCCAUCGGUGCCCGUGUACCCCCGCGGUCCACGCCCCAUCUCUCCUGUUGACACUCUAUCCAGUGGGUCUGGAAGGAAUGAGGUUCCUCGACACCCUCCGAGCAGCACCAGCACCAGCGGGUCCGACUGCCGGCUCGGCUACGUGACAAGCAACGGGACCUGCCGCUCGCCAUGUGACCUCUUCCCCAGCUACUGCUUCAACGGUGGCCAGUGCUAUCUGGUGGAGGGCAUGGGCAUCUUCUGCAGGUGCAAUGUGCAGGACUACAUCUGGCACAAGGGGUCGCGCUGCGAGUCGGUGAUCACGGAGUUCCAGGUGAUGUGCAUCGCCGUGGGAACCGCUGCCCUGCUGGUGCUGUUGCUCCUCAUGAUCACCGUCUUCUUUGGCAAGAAGCUGCACCUGCUGAAGACCGAGAACCACCGGCUGCGCAGACGCAGCAGUAAGCACCGCCCCACGUCGGAGCAGCACAAUGAUAAUUUCUCACUGUCCACCAUCGCUGAGGGCUCCCACCCAAAUAAAACUAUGAACAGAUACACCUGGGAGUUUAAGACCAAAGAGGAGCCCACCGACGAGACGAACGGGAAGAUUGUGGAGACGAAAACAAAAGCUUCAGAGCUUCCCAGCAUUUCGGAUGAUCCUAAUGCCCAGAAUAAACUGGAGGACCCCGUGAAAGCCCCCCCGCCUAAGGAGGAUGAGCCCCUCAACAUCCAGAACUCGCUCACCCCCAAACAUGAGAACAACAAGGUGGCUGCUGAGGAGAACUCGUCCGACGUGAACUCGCUGCAGAACAACAUGAUGUAGUGCCACUGCCCCACCACAAGGUGGCAUGCUCAUCCUAAUUCCCCCAUCUCACCCUGUCAAGAACAGGCAGUCCAUGUGCCCGCCUUCCCCCACAUCCUGUGCUCCCUGUGUCAUUUCCCCCUCCCCACCCAGCCCUUACCCUACUGCAUUACAGCAUGCGUUGGUAUUUUUUGUACAGAUAUAAAAAAAAAAAGAUUUACAAAGCAAAAAACUUAGAAAGACAAAAGUUUUAAAUCUGCAAGGUUUUAAUGUUUGACUAAUUUGUUGAGUACGUAUAAAUAUAUGGAAAACAAUGUGAAUUGGUAUAAGAGAACAUGAUGUGGUUUUUUUCAUUGACGUGUUUCUAAUCCUUUGAUGUAUUUGCAGUUUUUUUUUGUACUUUUUUUGGGAAUACAGGCUACGUCAGAAAAAAACGUUUGGACAGUUGUUGAAUAAACCUUUUUAACACUGAA